AUGGCAUCAGCCGGUUCCGGUCGUCGAUUUUUUUUUCUAUUCUUAUUGUUCUCGUACAGUCAACACGAUGAUCGGUUCCUGGUCUUGGCUCCAAAUCCUUCCGUUCCUCUAUCAUCCCAGCAAACAACAGUAACAUCAAUUGAAAAUCAACAAUUAAUCGAAGAUCAAAACGAAGACGACGACGAAUAUUAUAGUGAAAUGGCUGCAUUCAAUCGACAACAACAAGGAAAUGGUAGUGAAACACGAUCGAUUGGUGGCGGAAAUUUUACUGAUGAUGAUUCAAAUUAUUCGGAUAAAAUACGUACGAAUUUAAUUAUUAAUUAUUUACCACAAACAAUGACACAAGAUGAAAUCAAAGAUUUAUUUGGUUCAAUUGGUGCUAUUGAAUCAUGUAAACUUGUACGAGAUAAAACAACAGGUCAAAGUCUUGGUUAUGGUUUUGUUAAUUUUAUUCGUACAGAAGAUGCUGAAAAAGCUGUUAAAACCAUGAAUGGCCUUCGAUUACAAAAUAAAACAAUUAAAGUAAAUAAUAAGAUUUCUUUCUUGAAUUUUCAUUAA